AUGUUUGGGACGAUAGCGCCUUAAUAAGUGCCUGGGAUCAUGCUGUUAAGGAAUACCAAACCGGGCCUUUUUCUGAAAAGCCAACUAAAACCGAGGCUGAUACUUCUACAGAUCAAACACAAAAUGAAGUUGAUGAUUCGUCAGUAGAAGAAACUGGCCAUACACAUACACAUAGGCAUAAUUCUGAUUCAACGGCAGGUGAUAAUGCUUAUUAUUCAGCUUACGGAUGCUAUUAUUAUUUGCAGGAUCCUAAUAUGUCAUAUGUUCCAGGGUGGAGACCAAUGCAACCUCCAAAGGUUAGCAGUUUAUUUAUUGAUUUUUGA